GAGAAGCGUGUUUUGCGGCGGGAUUGCUUGGUGAUGAUAAAGAAUACAUUGGAGCAUUAAAAGAAGUUAAAGACUGGACAUCAGGACACUACUUGAGAAAAUUAUUUGUAACUCUGCUAUUAUCAUGCCCUGUGAGCAGACCCGAGCAUGUAUGGGAACAAACUUGGCAGUGGUUGGCAGAUGAAAUUUUGUAUCAACAGCGAAGGCUCUCAAACAUCCCAGAUUUACAACUUAGUGAUCAAGAGUUGCAAAAUUUAACUCUUGUGGAGCUUGAGAAAUUGAUGCAAAAAAAAAGAGAAAAAGUCUAAAAGACUUUCCCUCAAUACCAUAUCCAAAUGGAUAUAUCACGGAACAACUAGGAAAUAGGCUUAUAUAUGCAGAACGUGAUUAUGAUACAUCCAAGUUGCGUGAGGAGUUUCAAAGUUUGUAUGCUUC